AGAUAAAUCCGGAUCUGAUAUUCAUUCAUUCAUUCAUGUUCCAUUUCAGCUUCCUAAGAGGAAUGUCUGUUCCACGCUUUCCUUUGACUCAUAUUCCUAACAAUUACUAUUACUAUUCAAACCAACAACAACUGUUUAGCAAUGCUUGUUCUGUUCCAAUUCCAACAACCAUCCCCAAAUUAGCAUUACCAGCUUGUUCUGUUCUCCCCAUUCAACAACUUCAGAUAAGUGUUGUUCAUGAUACAGAACAACAACACAAUGUUGUGUUAAUAUCAAAUUUUGAACAUGAUUCUCUUGAUGAAAAAGUUGUUAGGGAGAGGAUGAGAAGAAUGAGAAUAGGACUAGCAAACAAAGGAAGAGUGCCUUGGAAUAAAGGAAGGGAACACACUGCAGAAACCCGUGAAAGAAUCAAGAUGAGAACAAUACAGGCUUUGAGGGACCCCAAGGUGAAGAAGAAGAUGGUUGGACGUCCCCAUUGUCAUAGUGAUCAAACCAAGGAAAAGAUAAGUUAUUCGCAGAGACGUUUAUGGCAAAAGCGGCUGAAGUCAAAGCGGGUCCGGGAGCAAUUUUUCCUCUUAUGGGAACAAAACAUAGCAAAUGCAGCCAAGAAAGGGGGGACUGGUCAAGAAGAGUUAGAUUGGGACAGCUAUGAUAGGAUAAAAGAACAACUUGUGUUCCACCUAAUUCUGCAGGCAGAGGAAAAAGAAAAAGAAAAAUUGAUGGCAAUUGCUGGAGCUAAGAAAUUCAUUCAGUCAUGGACAGAAAACAUAGCCAAAGCAGCUAAGAUAGGAGGGAGUGGAGAACAAGAACUGGACUGGGAUAGCUACGAAAAGAUAAAAGAAGAAAUGAUUCUCCUCAAUCAGCUUCAGCGUACUACAGAGAAGGUAAAGGCCAAAGAGAUGGCAAAUAUAAAAGUGGAGAAAGAAGCACUGAUAAAAGCAAUAAAAAAGAUAACGCUCACUAAAAAGAGAAAAUAUCUCCGAGAGAGGAAAAAAGAUAGAAAGAGUAUAAAGAGUCAAAGAUAUAAAAAUGCAGAGGAAGACAAAUGUGCCAUUGAAGUUACUCAAGAAUUCCAACUUGUCUCUAAAUUAACUGAGAAUCAUGCAAGUAACAACAUCGGCAGUGAAUUGGAUUUAGAGCUUAUCAGAAGAGAGAAGAUGCUGAAAAAAGUAUCACUUGCAGAUCAAAUCCAAGCUGCUAAACUCAUAAAGGGAAAACUCCACUUAUAAGGAUUCUUCGCAUUCUAACUUUUUGAAAUAUUUUGUAUGUAUUUUAGCUUCUAUGUUAUGACAAAAUAGUUGAUGAGGUAUAUGUAGACAAGGUAAGUAUUUUGUUUCUUGUAGACUGAGAAACUGGUCUGAAUAGUUUAAUAUCGUGAUAUCCAUACUUUAACUUGGUUUUGGGUUUCAGCAUCUUUGUUCUUGUUCUCUUUUCUUUGUACAGAAAAACACUCACCUCUUGCUCUAUCUAUUUAUACUAUUAUGCGAGCCCGUGCAAUGUAUGGGAUUAUUUUCAUUUUUAA